AUGUUGAAAUUCAUUGAAAAACUUUGUAAUAGUCUGAGAUAGCAGUUAGAGCAAAGUUCUCUGAAGAAUGGUAUUUUAGAAACCAAUAUUGCAAGGUUUGUAAAAGAUUGUAUUCAUUACAUAUUUCAUAUUCCAAUAGAGUACGAUAUUGAAUAAUAUUUUACACUUACAGAAAUCGAUAAAACUAUGUUCAACAUUCAAUAAUAUUUGAAUUCAAUCUAACAUAAGAACCACUUUAAGAACAUAUUUAUGAACGAAGGUUUUUAAUCAGGAGAAUAAAGUUCAAGUGAUGAAUUUGAUUCCAUUAUCAAACCUAAACCUAAAAUACAUAAGACUCUUUCCCUAGAAGAUAAAACAAGUGGCAUUCCAAAUAAUGAAAAUGAUCUAGCUCAGUUAAAUACUCUGCAGCAGUUACUCUAUGAAACCAACCUCAAAGUUACUAAGAGGGAUGAGUAAAUUUUACAGAUGACCACAAACUAUUUAAAAGAUAUUUAACAUCUCAAAUCAAUGUUUUUGAGGUAACUGGAAAAUCCAGGAACUGAAUUUUAUGAGGUUAAUUACUUUGAUAUCAAAUAGGCAUUGGAACCUGAAUUAUAGAAUUACAUUCAGGAGAAAUUUCAAUAGCUAUAGAAACAAUGCUAAUAGACAGUUUAAAGAUAUAAAAUUGAAUUAACUGCAUUAAGCACUGAGUGUGAAUCUCAUAAGCGAACUAUUUAAGUUUUAUUAUAAAAUAAUACCCUGCAUUCCAUUAUUAAAAUGCUGUUUCUGAUAGAAAAGGAUCCAUAUAAGAUUUGGAAACAAAUAUAAGAUUAGGUUGGUAACAAGAUAAUUUUUUAAGUGUUUGAAACUUAAAUAGGAGGUUAUGGAAUCAAUUAUAGAGAGAUUGAUGAACUUAUUUCUAAAAAUUCAGCUGGAGGUAGGAUGUUUUGCAGAUAAAAAUAAUUAUACGAGGAAUAAUUAAAAAUUAUGAUCGAUGAUAAUAUCCAAAUUAUAUCCACUUUAAAAUAAGACCUAUAGAAUAAAGAAUAGAUUAUUGAGGAACUUCAGUUAUCUAAUGAGGAGAACACAAUAAAAAUUCAGGAAUAAUUUAAUGAAUAGAUAGAGUAGAAACUGAAGGAACAACAACAUAAUCUGAGUUAAGAAUUUGAUAGGAAACUGAAAAUGCAAUAAAAAGAAUUGGCAGAUCCUUAAUUAAUAAGAAAAAUCACUCUAAGGUGUGCUUUUGCAAGAUGGGUUAAUUUUUCUUAGUUCUAUCAGCUUUUUGAAUAAGAAUAGGAUGAAGAUAGUUUGUAUGAAUUAAAAAUAAGAAUCAAUCGAUUUUUAAAAUAGGUCAAUGAUGAAUUUACAAUAAAAGAUUAUGAAAAAUUGAUUUAAAAUUAUUAGUAAGCUCAAUAUAAUAUAAUAAAAGUGGAACAAGAAAAGAAUAUUUUUGAAUAAAAAUGCAAAUAGCAAUAACUAGAAGUACAGAAGCAUAAGAAUACAAUAUAAAUGUUGUCAUAAACAAUCCAAGUCCUUAAGUAGGAACUCUAAAAUUGUGAAUCUACUAUAAAAUUAAUAUCAAAGCCUUUUUGUUCAAUAUUAUAAAGAUUAGGGUAUCCAUCAAAACUGAAUUUGCUAUCAAUUUUAAAAAGCGGGAUAAGUUUAGAGUUUUUGCAGAGUGAAGAUCCAGAAGUUCAGUCUAGUUUGAUAACAUUUUUUUAAUUAGCAAUUUCAUCAUAAUUAAUUCAUCAAAGUAAUCCAAAGAGAGAAGCUGAAACAAUUACUGAGUUUUUUGAUAUUAGAUAUGCAAUGUCAUAGGAGUUGAAUGAGGAUGCUAACUUAUAAUCAUAUCGAUUAUAGUCCCCUGAUGUUCCUCUCAUUUAAUUUUAAAUCACAGAUUAAGCUAUCAGUCCAAAAGAUCAAUUAAAUAAUUCCUAUAUUGAAAACAAAUUCCAAAUUAAAGGAACUCAAAAAACAUCAAAUCACACAAAUUAAUCUCCAAAAUCGAAUAGAGUUCAAAAUUAGUUUCAAUAGAUCAAUACGCCUAAGAUUAGUUAAAAGAGAGAUAGAUAAAUUGAAAGUUUCGCAGCUAAAAGGGAAAAAAAGAGUUAAUAAUAAUUAUUAGAUACAACUUCGAGCGGAUUUCAGAAAUAGGUUGAGAAGGUAAGAAAGAGAGAUCAUCUUAUGAUACAAGAAAUAAAUUAUGUGGACAAGGGAAUUCAAGUUGAUUCAGAUUAUCAAUCAUCUCGGCACAAAACAAGUCUGAAUGUUCAAUUUAAGGAUAAUGAUCAAAACUCCAUUUAAUAAGAUGUCUUAGUAAUAUUGAGAGAUGAAGUAGAUUCAAGGGCUACUUCAGUCACAAAACGAAGAAGUCUUAGCUAAAACAAUAAAAAACAAUAAUUUAACAUUCCUAAUUAAUUUAUUAAUAAUCAAAAUCUAACUCUGUAUUAGGCAUCCAAAUUGAAGACUUAAAAUAAAACAAUUUAUUCAGAACAAUAACAAAUGUAAUAAGGUUUAGGCUUUGGGUUUUUACCUACUAGUCCACUUUAGUUUUAUUAGGAAUUAUUUAAGGAAAAAUAAAAAUUGCAAUUAAAAAAUUACACAAUAGUCAAGGAUUAGGGAGUUAAGAUGUAGAAUUAUUAAAAAAGAAGAAUAGAACCAAGUAUCGAAGGGAAACACCUACAAGUUCCAAGUUAUUUAAAAUGA